AUGGCAGUGAAAAAAAAAACAUCUAGAGAACUGAGAAGUCGACGAUCGACUUGCAUUGGAUUGAAGGGCGUAGAAAUUCUGUCAGUCAGUAAGAGAAAUGUAAUGGAAUUUAAAGAACGAUCAAGCAAUAGUAUGACUCUGCGGCGGAUAUCGACACAGGAGAACAGUACUCAAAAACGAGGCAGAAUAGAAGAGAAGAAAAAUCUACGAGAUAUAUCUGAGGGUGUUGGUCUGGGAAGGUGGAGAGCCGUCGGCAAUUUGCACAUAAGCUCAGUGGUCACAGAGCAAGCAUUCAGAAGGAGUGUAUCUUAUCUGAUGAGUUUCCUUGCUGAUGGAAUGCCUUUGGCCUCAGUCGUGAAUGAGGGAAUAUUAGGCACAGGAAUCAGUAUCAAAGAAGAGCUCAGCGAAGAUAUUUCCAAGGAUAUUUGUUUAGAAAUUAAAGAAGAGCAGCAUGAAGCAGAUGCAAAGGACUCGUGUGACUUGGUUCAGGAUCAUAGUGACGUGUUAAGAGUGCCAUUAGUGGCUGAGGAUUGUUGGAACAACUGUUCACCAAAAGGGGAUCAGGCGAUACAUAAGGAAAGUCUUAGGGAUACAGAACCAGACGUGGAACCGACGCUGAAGUGUCUUAUAUGCGAGGCGUGCGGCAAGAAAUUCUCUAAAAGGAGAUAUCUCAAUAUUCACAUGAGAGUCCACACAAAGGAGAAGCCCUACAGAUGUGAUAUUUGCGACAAGGGCUUCCCAUCCAAAAACAAUCUAGUAAAGCAUAUCAGAGUACAUACAAAGGAAAAGCCAUACAGCUGUGAAAUCUGCAACAAGGCCUUCUCGGAGAAAGGUCCUCUAGUAACGCACAUAAGAAUACACAUAAAGGAGAAGCCGUUCAACUGUGAGAUUUGCAACAAGGCCUUCUCACAUAAAAAUAGUCUUGUUAGGCACACGAGAGUACAUACAAAGGAGAAACUAUACACCUGUGAGAUUUGCAACAAGAACUUCUCACAUAGAGAUAGUCUAAUUAGGCAUAUGAGUGCACGCAAAGGAGAAGCCAGCAGCAGGCGCUCCUGCCGCCAUGGUUACACAGUCUCAUCUACUUCGUAUGGUCACACGGAAUUCAGUGCGAUUUUAACCGGAAUUAGCAAAAAUCUACCAGGGAUAAAUGCUCACGAAUGCCCAUGUUCUACGAUAGUCUACAAAUGUAUUUUCAAAAGGAAAUACACCAUGCCCUCUGGCAAAGACCAAAGAGCAACAUAG